CGCCCUGGGCCAGCCUCGGGCCUCCCAGCUGCCCUGGAAAGCAGGCAGACCCCCACCGUCCAGAUGGGCAACAGACCUGGAGUUUCGGCAUCGGUGCCGCUGCCACCCGCAGGAAGCACACCUGGUACCCCCUGAGUGGCUGUUAAGUACCAGGCGCGGUGUGAACCGCUGUACAUCUGUUUUCUAAGUCGGUUCUCAGGACAACCCUGGAACAUAAGGGUGCCGCGCCAGCUCGGCCAUGGGUGAACCUGAGGGGGGGCCGUGAAGGAUUAGAAAAGACAGACAAGAGGAUAAAGCUGGGGCUCGGCAGGACGCUGCCUUCUCUGAUGGAGAGACAGCGCCACAGCUUGGCCGAGUCUUUGUCUUAUAGCCAGAUUCCAGGAGGCAAAGUAAAGGCCCGAUCAAGAUGUUUACGGCGUUCUCGUGGGUUUCGAAUCUACUCAAUGACAUGCACCUGAUCAAGCUUUGUUUACUUGCUGCACCUCCCGAGCCCAUAUCAUUCAGCCAGUGGGAGCCGCUCUCCACAAUAUAAGGGGCGUGCUUCCCCUUUUGCAAUAAGACAGUAGCGGUUCAGACAGGAAAGAGACUUGUGAGGCGGGUCAGCUAGUGAAGAGGUGAAGUCAGGACUCGCACUCAGGGCCCUUGGACUCUAGAGCGGGCUCCUGCGGCCCAGACCCACCCAUGCACCUUUGGGUAACGGGGCAGCUGCCCUGCAGAGCAAGGCCCGGCCUCCGCCCUGUGGGACGUGGCCGCUGCCCGAGCAGAGCGCUCCCUGCUCCCUCCUCCUCUGUCCAGAGGGAGUCCCAGGAGGUGGCUGCCGUGUCCAGCUGGGCCGAGAUCCACACCGCAGCCCGGCUGCUGCGGGUGCCGCCCGAGCGCCUGGAGGGGGCCGUCACCAGAUGCGUCACGGAGACGCCCUACGGCCCGGCCUCAAGAUCCCUGCCCCUGGAGAGGGCCAUUGAUGCCAGGGACGCCCUGGCCAAGGCCCUGUACUCGCGGCUCUUCGCCUGGCUCCUGAGGAGGACCAACACGCGGCUGGCCCCACCCGGGGAGGGAGGCAGCACGAACACCAUCACUGUCGUGGACGUCUAUGGUUUUGAGGUCACCCCUGGCGGUGGGGCCCAGGACAGGGCACUGCGGGUGAAUGGCCUAGAGCAACUGUGCAACAACCUUGCCAGCGAGCAUCUGCAGCUCUUCUCCAGCCAGAUGCUGCUGGCCCAGGAGGAGGAGGAGUGUCGGCGAGAGUCGCUGCCCUGGGUGCCCAUCCCCCAGCCUCCGAGGGAAUCCUGCCUGGACCUCCUGGUAGAACAGCCCCAGAGCCUCCUGCGUAUCCUGGAUGCCCAGACAUGGCUGUCCCAGGCCACCGACCACACCUUCCUGCAGAAGUGCCACUAUCACCAUGGUGAUCACCCAUGCUACGCCAAGCCCCAGCUGCCCCUUCCUAUCUUCACCGUGCGGCACUACGCAGGGACCGUCUCCUACCAGCUGGUGGGCAGCCUGUUCCAGGAAGCAGAGCCCCAGGGCGGGGGAGGGCAAGGCAAGCCCACCCUGGCCUCUCGAUUCCAGCAGUCCCUGGGGGACCUCCUAGCCAGGCUGGGCAGGAGCCGUAUCUACUUCAUCCAGUGCCUCAACCCCAACCCCGGGAAGCUGCCCAGCCUCUUUGAUGUGGGACACGUGGCCGAGCAGCUGCGCCAGGCAGGCGUCCUGGAGGCCGUUUGUGCCCGCGGUGCCCACUUCCCUGUGCGCCUGCCCUUCCAGACCUUCCUGGCCAGGUUCCGGACCCUGGGGACCGGGGAUCAGGGAGAGCCCUCUGACCGGGAGAGGUGUGGCGCCAUCCUGAGCCAGGUGUUGGGGCCUGAGUCGCCCCUCUGUCACCUUGGAACCACCCAGGUCCUGCUGCAGGAGCCGGGCUGGCAGCAGCUGGAGCAGCACUGGGCCCAGCGGCGUGCCCAGGCCCUGCUCAUCCUGCACCGUGGGCUCCGGGCCUGCAUCUCCCGCCAGCGCCUCCGCCUCCUGCCGCGGAUGCAGGCUCGUGUGCGGGGGCUCCAGGCCAGGAAGCGGUACCUCCGGCGCCGGGCGGCCCUGGGACAGCUGAACACGGUGCUGCUGGCGGCCCGGCCCCUGCUCCGGAGGAGGCAGAGGCUGCAGCUUGGGCACUGGUGUGGCUGGCACGGCGGCGGGUCCUCCGGGAGCGAGCCAAGCAUGGAGCUGGCGCGCCUGGAGAUCCCGGCCGAGCUGGCUGUGCUGCUGAGGGAAGAGGAAGGCCGUCAGCACACGCUGGCCCAGAGCAUCACUGAGACCAAGCCCCCGGAGGUUCCUGCUCGGCCCAGCCUGACCCUGCCGCCGGACAUCGACCAGUUCCCCUUCUCCACCUUCAUCUCCACCGGCUUCCAGGAGCCAUCUCUGCCCGCUCCUGGGCAGCUGCUGGACAAGCCGCUGACCCGGCUGGACGGUGAGAACCCUCAGCAUGCCCUGGAUAUCAACAAGGUGAUGCUGCGGCUCCUGGGGGAGGAGUCCCUGCCGCCCUGGCAGGAGCAGACCAUGGGCACCUACCUGGUGAGGCAGGGGCAGCGCCGGCCGGGACUGCGAGACGAGCUCUUCAGCCAGCUCGUGGCCCAGCUGUGGCACAACCCCAGCGAGCAGCAGAGCCAGCGCGGCUGGGCCCUCAUGGCCAUCCUGCUCAGCGCCUUCCCCCCGGCGCCCGCCCUGCAGAAGCCGCUGCUCAAGUUUGUGUCAGACCACGCCCCCAGCGGCAUGGCAGCGCUGUGCCAGCACAAGCUGCUGGUGGCCCUGGAGCAGACACGGCUGGCCCCUGAGACCACACGUGCCCACCCCCCCACUCAGCUCGAGUGGACGGCCGGACGGCGCCGAGGACGCAUGGUGCUGGACGUCUUCACUCUCAAUGACGAGUGCUUCUCGGCAGAGGUGGAGUCCUGGACUACGGGGGAGCAGUUUGCCGGGUGGAUUCUGCAGAGCAGAGGCCUGGAGGGGCCCCCCCGUGGCUGGUCCGUGUCACUGCACUCCGGGGACUCCUGGCAGGACUUGGCUGGCUGUGACUUCGUGCUGGACCUGAUCGGCCAGACCGAGGACCUGGGGGACCCUGCUGAUCCCCACAGCUACCCCAUUGCCCCCCAAAGCUUAGCCGAGGACAUCCCCCCCGCCCCCGGCGUCCAGGCCCCCUCACUGUACCCAGGUCCCCCUCCAGGCCCAGCCCCGACACUCCCUGGCAGGGGCCACACAGGGGAGCCCCGGGCCCCGGGGAACCUGGAUAGCUACCUGGACCACAUCUUCGAGCCAGUCCUCUCCCCAGGCCUCAGCGAUCUGGAGCAAGCCAGGGCUCUGAGCAGCCGCAUGAAGGGAGGGGGCGGCAUCGGGCCCAUGCAGCAAGGAAGCUACCCUAUGGUGUACCCAGGGAUGAUGCAGAUGCCUGGAUACCAGCCAGCUAUGAUGCCUGCACCCAUGCCCAUGAUGCCAGCAAUGGGCACAGUCCCUGCCAUGCCAGCCAUGAUGGUGCCACCACAGCCGCAGCCACAGCCCCUGCUCCCCAGCGUGGACGCCAGGCAGCUGGCAGCCCAGCAGCAGAACUUCAUCAACCAGCAGGCGCUGCUCCUGGCCCAGCAGAUGACCGCCCAGGCCAUGUCCCUGACCCUAGAGCAGCAGACUCAGCAGCGCCAGCGCCAGGCCCAGGCGACGUCAGCCAUUGCCCCGAAGCCCAAGAAGCCCCCGGCCCCCCGGGAGGAGCCGGAGCCGGAGCCGGAGCCGGAGCCGGUGGGUGUCUGCCUGAGGGAGACCCCCCAGGAGACCCCUGAGGAGACCCCGCAGGAGACCUCACAGGACGAGGAGGAGAGGCUGAGGAGCUUCCAGCAGAAACGGAACUAUUUCCAGAAGAUGGGGCAGCAGCAGAUCAAGGUGAAGAUGGUGAAGCCUCCGGCCAAGGUGCAGAUCCCCCGAGGGGAGGAGCAGGAAGAGGAGGAACCCAGUGCAGCAGUGCCAUCUCCUCCUCCCGCCCGGGGAGUGAAGAAGCCGCUGACACCAGGUGGGGCCAAAGCUGUGGGGAAGGCGGAGGCUGAGCUGGCCCAGAAGGCGGAGCCUGAUGGUCCCAGGCAGGCGCAGGGCAGAGAUGCGGUGCCCAAACCAGAACCCCCGAAGCUGCCCAGCAGGGAGAUCCGUAACAUCAUCCGCAUGUACCAGAGCCGCCCAGGCCCCGUGCCCGUGCCGGUACAGCCAUCCAGGAGGCCCCCCCAAAAUUUCCUGAAGAAAAACAACCCUAAGGACGAGGCUCUGGCUAAGCUGGGGAUCAGCGGUGCCCAAUCGCCCUCCUCGGUGAGGCCCGCGCUGUGCCCAGAGAAGGGUCCUCCGCCAGCUGUGGCCCCUCGAUCCAAGGCCGCGCCGCGGAUCCGGACCUCCAACUCCAUCCGGGAGAAGCAGGGGCCCCUUCAGCAUCUGUUUGGCCAGAAGCCACCCACCGCCCAGGCACCCCCACCUCCACCCGUGCCCCCACUGCCUCCACCCGGGGACCCGGGGACCCCUUUAGCUGAGCCCCGCGGCUCUCUGGGGUCCAUGGGAGAUCAGGGGGUGAGCACCCAGCUACUCGUGGCCUCCGGCAGCGUGUGCUUCUCCUACACCAGUGCGCCCUGGAGGCUGUUCCUACGCAAGGAGGUCUUCUACCCCCGGGAGAACUUCAGCCACCCCUACAACCUCGGGCUCCUCUGUGAGCAGAUCCUGAGGGACACCUUUUCCGAGUCCUGCACCCGGAUCUCCCAGGACGAGCGGUGCAGAAUGAAAGACCUGCUGGGAGACCUGGAGGUGGGCCUGGACUCACUCGGCACCACUGAGGACAGUGUCAAGAAGCGCAUUGUGGUGGCCGCUCGGGACAACUGGGCCAAUUACUUCUCCCGCAUCUUCCCCGUCUCGGGCGAGAGUGGCAGCAACGUGCAGCUGCUGGGCGUGUCGCACCGGGGGCUGAGACUGCUCAAGCUGGCCCGUGGCCCUGGCGUCGGCCUCCACCAGCUGAAGACUCUCUGCUCCUACAGCUUUGCUGAGGUGCUGGGCGUGGAGUGCCGGGGGGGCUCCACCCUGGAGCUGACACUGAAGAGCGAGCAGUUGGUGCUGCACUCGGUCCGGGCAGGUGCCAUCAAGGCCAUGGUGGAGUUCUUCCUGAGUGAGCUCCAGAAGGACUCUGGCUAUGUCGUUGCCUUGCGAAGCUACAUCACCGAUGACCGCAGCCUCCUCAGUUUCCACCGCGGGGACCUCAUCAAGCUGCUGCCGGCCAUCGAUCUGGAGCCAGGCUGGCAGUUUGGCUCUGCCGGCGGCCGCUCGGGACUCUUUCCUGUGGACGUGGUGCAGCCGGCGGCUGCCCCGGACUUUUCCUUCUCGCUGCUGCGCAGAGAGCCAGGCCUGGCUCCGCGGGAGAGGGGGUUGGAGGGCCCCGCCAGACCUUCGAGCCAGGCACACGGUGACAACUCGGAGGCCAGCGGCCUGCCCUUCUACGAGGUUCCUGCCUCUCUGUCCAUUGUCUCCCACAACUACACCAUGCAGGACUUUGCCCUGAAAUACUUCCGGAAGCCCCAGACCUUGCUGGCCCAGGCAGGUGGAGAUGCUCAGAAGGCCAUGGCCGGCCUGGUGCAGUACACCAAGGCCCCCAUCCAGGAGUCGCUCAUCAGCCUCAGUGAUGAGGACACGAGCAGGCAGGCUGUGGAGAGCUUCCAGGUUCUGAUGCAGUUUAUGGGGGACCAGCCGAGGCCCCGGAGCAAGGAUGAGAUAGAGCUCCUCUAUGAGCUGCUGAAGCUGUGCCGGGAGAAGGAGAACCUCAGGGAUGAGAUUUACUGCCAGGCCAUCAAGCAGGUCACGGGACACCCCCGACUGGAAUUCUGUGCUCGAGGCUGGAGCUUCCUCAGCCUCCUCACCGGCUUCCUGCCGCCGUCUAUCACGCUGAUGCCCUACGUGACCCAGUUUCUGCAGGACGCGGGCAGGAGUCAAGAGCUGGCCCGCAGCAGCCAGAAGCACCUCCAGCAGACGGUCAAAUACGGGGGGCGCCGCCGGCUGCCGCCCCCGGGUGAAAUGAAGGCGUUCCUGAAAGGGAAAAUGCUCCGCCUGCUCCUGGUUCACCUGCCCGGAGGCGUGGGCUACAAGACCAACAUCGGGCCUUUCACCGUGGCAGCAGAGGUGCUGGAGGAGCUGUGUGGGAAGAUGGGCAUCACGGAGCCCGAGGAGGUCCAGGAAUUUGCCCUGUUCCUCAUCCAAGGCGAAGGUGAGCUGGUGCGGCCCCUGCGGCCCCAGGAGUACCUCAACAACGUGCUGCUGGACCGGGAGACCAGCCUGCACAGCCGGCGGCUCGGCUGGGAGACCCGCCUGCACUUCGAUAACCCCACCUACAUCAGCACCCACUACAGCCAGGUGCAGCGAGACUACCUGCAGGGGAAGCUGUUGGUCGGCGCCCAGGCAGAUGCCCUAGUUGCCCGGCUGGCUGCCCUCCAGCUUGUCAGCAGGACCCAAGAGGCCGCCCCCUCAGAGCAAGACCUGCUGGCUUACUUGCCGAGGCUGCUGCAAGGCCAGUUGAACAUGGCCGCCAUCCAGAGCCUGAUGGACCAGGAGCUGAGGCAGCUGCAAGGACGCAGCUCCCAGGAAGCUCAGAUCGACUUCAUCGAGGCGGCCAGCCAGCUGCCCCUUUUCGGUUACACUGUCUACGUGGUGCUGCGAGCGAGUGACCUGACGCUGCCCAGACCCAGCCUCCUGGGGCUGAACCGCCAGCACCUCAUCCUCAUGGACCCCAGCUCCCAGACGCUGUGCUGCUCCAUCGCCCUGAGGGACCUGCAGCAGCUCCACCUGCUGAGCCCCCUGGAGGAAGACAGGCCCCCUGCCCUGGAACUCAACUACGGCUCCGCUGACAGCCCCCAGACCGUCUGGUUCGAGCUGCCGCAGGCCCGGGAGCUGCAGCACACCAUCGCCUUCCUGCUCCACAGCAGCGACACUUCCGUUUAGUGGCCGCCUCACCCGAGAGGAGAGGUGGAGGGCAGGAGAGGAGGAAGGGCCCUCCCUGGGCCCAGUCCCACCCGAUGGUCUCCCUUGGGUGCUGUCAGGUCACUUUGGUUUGGACUUUGUGGCUUGGCUGUUCUGGAACCUGCCCAGCACAGCCCGGCUGGCCCACAUGGAGGUCCCAAGGCAGGGGCUGCUACAGUGACAUCAACUGGGAAGGACUCCUUCGGGGGCCGUGGGAACUCAGCGUGGGAGCUGAUGUUGCCCGUCUGGGGGAGGUGCCCGCCUGGCCCCGGCUCAGGAUCAGCAGGAGCCCAGACCUGGGGGCAGCAGCUGCCGAGGAAAUAAAGUUCCGAGAGAAAACCUGUG